AGAGAGUUCUACCUGGAGCUCUCGAGGUUGUCAAUGUUUCUAAUGACAACAAUCAUGGCGGAUGCUCAGGAGGAUACCCCAGCAGCAGAGGAGACCAAGCCGGAGGAGGCUGUGGAGGCACCAGCUGCAGAAGAAACUGCAGGGGAAGCCCCGGGUGAGGAAACAGUGACACAAGAUGCUGAGGCAACAGAAGCUCCUGCUGAGGUAGAGGGAGGCACCGAGCAGGCUGCUGAAGGUGAAGCGGCUCCAGCAGAAGGAGGAGAGAGUGGGGGUGGAGGAGAGGCUGAUGCUGAAGCCAAACCUGAGGAGGGAGGUGAAGGACAAGAGGCUCCAGAGCCACAGGCUGAGGGAGAAGGUGGGGAAGCGCCCUCAGAGGAGCAGCAACAGCAGCAGCAGGCAGAGGCUGAAGGUUCCGCUGAACAGACAGAGGGUGACGCUGCUGCUGCUGAUGCUGUUGCUGCUCCGGCUGAGGGAGGCGACGCUGUUGCUGAGGCUGACUCGGCUGAAAAAGCUGAGGCAGCUGAGGCGGCUGAGGCUGUUGAUGGUGUUGAGCAGGCAGAGGGAGCUGAGCCAGCUGAAGGGGCGGAGGCCACUGCUGCCCCAACUGAAGAAGAUGGUGAAAAACCAGAAGGAGCUGAAGAGGAAGGAGAGAAAGCUGAGGGAGAAGAGGGAGAAAAGGCAGAGGGAGAAGAAGGAGAAAAAGCUGGAGGUGAGGAAGGAGAAAAGACUGAGGAAGCGGAGACCGGUGAUGCUGAGAAGAAAGAAGACGGAGAAGGAGAGGAUCAGGGUGAAGGCGACGCGGAUGUUACGGCAGAGGCCCCAGCAGAAGAUGCAGAAAGGGCAGAGAGCCCGGUGGCUGUAGGAGAAAAGUUGUCUCGCGGGGGCACACCUGACAUCACAGAUGCAGCACACCUUGAACAGGAGAGACUAGAAGCUACCACUCCAGACCGGCUUCAUGAAGAGGAAGGGGAAAUGGACCACGAGCAUGAUAUUAGGGAUGAUGAUAUGGUCGUUGAAGAGGAUGAGGAGGAGGAAGAAGAGGAAGAAAUUGUGGAGCCUCAGUUCAAGAGAGAAGAUCUGAUAGAGAGAUAUCAUGAAGCUCUUUCCGACCGAGAACAGUUGCAGCAACAGAAUUAUGGCCUGCAGCACAAGCUGGCUGAGUACUUCAGGAAGAAGAAGGCGGAUGAGAGACAGGACUACGACAAGAAUGUCACUGAUCAGGAGCAGCGCUACCUCAAAUACAUGGCCCAGCUGGAGGACUUGCGGCGGCAAGAUUCGAUGGAAAAAGACAACUACUUUGCCCAGAUUGAAGAAGCAAAGGCUAGGUGUCAGGAGAAGAAGGAGAAAGUGGACAUCGAGAGAGGCAAGUUCAUGGAGUUCAAGACACAGGUGGCGCUCAGAGCCAUCAACAGCAGAUCUGGGAAACCGAUUCCACCAAAGGACAUAGAACAAUACAUGAUCAAUGAAGACAAGAAGGAGAAAGAUGUGGUCGAAGUGCGAUUGGAGAACAUCAAACUCAAGAAUAAGCUCAAAAAGAAGGAACAGCAACUCAAAUCGAAGGAGGAGCUUGCUGAAGGUCUUCACUUAAUAGACUUUGAACAACUCAAGAUUGAGAACCAAACAUACAAUGAGAAAAUUGAGGAAAGGAAUGAGAGUCGCGACAUCCUCUCCAGGACGAAACAGGCCAGAGACUACUUGAGGAUCGACAACCAGAAGCUCCGACAGAACUGUGGCCUCCUGGGCAACGAGCCGCUCUUGAGGGACUUCGAGGAACGGAAGGACGAAGGGGAUGAUCUCAAGACCAAGUUGGAGCAGCUCAAAAUGAAACACGCCGAGCUCACCCUCCACUGCAAUCAGGUCAGGAGGAAGAUCGACCAGGCGCGGCAGACGAUGUCUUGAUAUAUAUGUGUUCGUUUUUGUUUUUGUUUUUUGUUUUGUUUUUUAAUGUUUUUUUGUUUUGUUUUGUCUUUGUUUUUGUUGUCUCAAUUUGUUUUGGUUUUUGUAUUGUUUUCGUCUCGUGUCUUGAUGUGUGUUCGUCUUUUGGUGUUUUUUUUAAUGGCUUUUUUAUUGUUUUGUUUUCACAAUUUGUUCUUAUUUAUGUAUUGUUUUCGUCUCCUGUCUUUUAAAGUAUCUACGUGUAUUAUGUAUUAGUAAUCUUUUAAUAAAAGUGACAUACAGGUCAAGCUGCUUUGUUAGAUACACAUGUUUCUAUUAUUAUAUUUUUCUUCUUUUUUUUUCGCUACAUAAUAUUACGUUGGGAGAAUGUUUGACCCUUAUAUGACUCUGAAUGUUGGAGCGAAAGAGCUGGUACGUAUUAGGUGUCUUGCACCCAAGGCGUCACGUUUCAUGUUGUCCUUGACUUGUUUGUCAGCUUAAAAAUAAAAGUUAUCGUGUUGAAAA